AUGCGUCAUGCCAAAAAAUAUCGUCGUCUCAAUCGUUCGUCUGGCCAUCGGCAAUCUCUUCUUCGUAAUAUGGUCUCUUCGCUCAUUAGACACGAUAGAAUAAAAACUACACUUCCUAAAGCGAAAGAGGUUCGCAAGUUUGCUGAUAAGAUGGUGACGCUCGCUAAACGGGGUGACGCUCAUGCUAAAGCUCAAGCCAGAGCUUUUUUGCGAGAACAUGUUGUUACUAUGCCCAAAUUAUUCGGCGAAAUGGCCGAACGCUAUCAGAAUCGCCCGGGCGGAUACACACGUAUUCACAAACUAGGUUAUCGGGAUACAGAUCACGCUUCAAUGGCAAUCAUCGAAUACGUAGACGCUCCUAAUGAUAUCCGAUACGACAUGCUCGUUAAAACACUCGCUCGUCAAGAUCUCAAUAAGAUACUCAAAGUAUCUUCAGAGUCAAUAGAACAAGGUCAAGGCAACAUUAGAUCAAAGCGAAUCGAUAAAAAGCGAAGAAUAAGUAGAGAAAAGGCGCAAUUGAGGUUAGCAAAGAACAUGCGGAAGUUUAUGAAAACAAAGAAUAUCGAAGAAGAUGAACUGAAGGAAAUAGUUGAGCAGGAGCGCAAUAGGCUUAUCCGGAUGGAGAAAGAAAAAGAUGAUUUCUAUAUUCAAGAUAAAAUCAGAAGAAAAGGCGGUAGACUUUCUUAUUAUAACCUCAACUAA